GUGCUGAUGGUUAAUCUUGAAAGAUCUUUUUUUUUAAAUAAGUGAAAAUGCCGAUUCACAGGCCACGAAGGUUUUCGAGUGAUUUAAUGUUACUGGUGAAUUUCGUUUUGGUGAUAAACGUCCUUCAUGUUUCUGCCAAAAGCGAGAACGACCUGUUUGGAGAUCAUUUUCAAAUUUCACCUGAAAACCAGGAACCGUUUUCAGAAAAUCAUGAUGAACCGGAUUUGAACGCAGAAUCAAAAAACGAGUCUUUGGCUUACGAGUUAGAUGAUCUAAGAGAUAAGGAUCCAGAAAACGAGGAACCUUCAUUAAAAAAUGAAAAUGACUUGGGCAAUCAAAGUUUUGAAUAUCCGGAUUCUCCAGAAGAACGGAAAACGGAUUCUGCCCCUUUCGGAUCAGAAAGUUCAUUUCCCAAGAUUUCAAGUCGUAUGAAUGGUGAUACCAGCGGUAAAUACGUAAGAUACGAUUCUGAUGCGCCAGAUGCAGAUAGAUAUGCACCCAAUAAUGACAAUGGACCUGCCAUGUAUGUUUUGACAGAGGAAAGAUUACGAACCAUACGCUCGAAUUUCAUGUAUUGGUAUUUUGAUAAGGGCGGUGACAAUGAUAGAGGUGAUUAUCAGACAGAUAUACAUAAUUCGAUGCCUCAAAUCCAUAAGAAUUUCAACUUCCAGCUGCCUUUUUAUGGGUUUCGUUUCAAUUACACAAGGUUAUCCAUGCAUGGUUACCUUGAAUUCAGUGAUCCCCCGGAACAUUACACUUAUCCCCUAGUGUUUCCAAAUAAAGAUUGGCCAAAAAAGAACGAUCCUAGUUUCAUUGGGAUCUUUUUCAGCAAAUGCAGGAUUGGUAGAUUGCGACCCACUGAUAUCGAUCAACGAAGUCCCGGAGUUUAUUUUAGGAUGGAAAGAGAUUUACAGUCGAGACAAGAUCAGUUCGGCAAAGAGAUGUAUGAGAGGGUAAAGUGGGACGUUCGGGAGGGUGUUGUGGGUGCAGAUACAUUUAAUCCAAAACACGCUGUCAUUGUCACUUGGAAAAAUAUGUCUUUUGCGGGUGGAAUAGACAACUCCCUUUAUAAGACCAAUACUUUUCAAAUGGUAUUGGCAACUGAUGAAGUUUACACUUACGCUAUUUUUAAUUAUCGGGAGAUUCAAUGGUUAAGUCAUACGGAAGCAGGAGGCGAUACAACUGGCGGGGAGGGUGGAACACCUGCAUUCAUUGGUUUUAACGCAGGAAACGGAACUCAAAGUUACGAAUAUAAACCUUACUCACAGCAAUCUACACUUCGGGAUUUAGUUGGUAGAGGAUGGGCAAAUGGCUUCCCGGGUCGUCAUAUUUUCAGGUUAGAUGAAAAAAUCAUGCUUGGGACGUGCAACAAAGAUAUCGCUGGUGCUCACUUGCCUCUUGUUUUUGCACCCGAAAGUGGAAAUAUGCUCGGCGGAACAGUUGUUAAUAUAACAGGUCCUUGCUUUGAGAAGGACGAUAAAGUAAAAUGCCGUUUCGACACAGAGGAUGUUGUAGGUACCGUCAUUGAUAGGAAUCGCGCCAUUUGUAUCCAACCGUUUGUUAAAGCUGAGGGUUACAUCCGUUUCGCAAUCUCUAUUGGCAGUGGGAGGUAUGACUGGAAAGGACAAUUUUUCAUUGAGCCUCCAGCGACUGCUACAGAAAGGAUAUUUUUUUCAACGAACGCCAUACAUGAACGCGAUCCGGCUGAAAUCAAAUUCACCUGGAGUGCACAUAAUUUAACCUCUAAUCUCAAUGCUGCGGUACAGAUAUCACUUUGGGGUUACCGGGAAACUACCAUUGCACCGCAACUAGAAUAUAUAGAUAUAUUAGAGGAAGGGACGACUAACACUGGAAUAUAUACAAUAACUCCAGCCAAUUAUCGAAAUCGAGAGAACUUUUUCCAUCAAGACAUGCAUUUUGGAUUUAUUCAAAUUAACCUGACCAAUCCUAGUCAAUAUUCUGGACUGGAUAUUACUCCAGUUCUAUGGAGUAAGCCGAUUCCUUUGGGAUGGUAUUUCGGUCCACAGUGGGAGAGAAUUCAUGGAAAUAAAUGGCCUCAAAGGCUUUGCGAUAAAUGGAUAAUGCACGAUCGAUAUUUAAAGAAUUUUGCUGCAGAAGUUUCUCUCUGUCCUUGCACUUUAGAGCAUGCCUUGAACGAUAAGGGCCGAUUUCUUCCGGAUUUUGACUGUGACAAGGAUUCUAAUCCUGACUGCUAUUACAACAAAGGAGCCGUACAUUGCGUCAAAACUGGUGUUCCAAAUAUUGAUGGAUCAGAACAGCAGUGUUGUUACGACAAGGCGGGGUAUCUGAUGUUGACUUAUGAUCAGCAAUGGGGCUCGCGGCCUCAUCGGUCCCAUAAUUUAGGUUAUUUACCUUGGAACGAAGCCAACAAAGUACCAACUUUGAGUAAUUGGUUCCAUGACAUGGUGCCCAUGUACCUCUGUUGCCUUUGGCAAGAGGAACAGUCUGUAGGCUGUGAAACCUUCAGAUUCGAAAGACGUCCUUCUCAAGAUUGUGUCGCAUAUCAGUCACCCGCAAUAGCCGCAGUUUUUGGCGAUCCUCACGUUACUACCUUCGAUGGCUUGGAAUACACCUUCAACGGAAAGGGCGAAUUUGUUUUAGUACGUGUAAACCAUCAAAAAGACAAAUUGGACAUCCAGGGUCGUUUCGAACAACUGCCUAAUAAUUUCUAUGGUGAAGUGAGGGCCACACAACUUACUUCUGUCGUCGCUAGGGGAAAUAAUUCAGUUACAAUCGAGGUACGUCUGAGGCCGACGCAUGCACAAUGGCGCUAUCGUUUGGACGUCCUAGCAGAUGGAAGACGCGUUUACUUUGAUCGAACAUCCCUCAAGUUCCAACACUUCAAGGGAGUUCUUGUUUACACUCCAACUUACAAUCUCAAUCAAAGUGAAGUUGUUGUCAUGUUUGACACUGGAGCUGGAGUCGAAGUAAUCGAGAAUCAGGGAUUUAUGAGCGCUAGAGUUUAUCUGCCUUGGACUUACAUGAAUAAGACGAGAGGUUUGAUGGGCAACUGGAGUUACGAUAUUACCGAUGAUUUCACAAAUCCGGACGGCAUCAUAGCAGGAGUUAGUAAUCUGAACAAUUUUGAGACGGUGCAUAAGGAUUUUGCAAUUAAUUGGCUACUUGAAGAUCGGGAAGAUCCUCAUAAAGGUGGAGCACUCUUCACUAGAGAGUUUAGUAAAACCGCUAGUUACUACGCCAACCGAACAUUUGAACCGGAAUGGAGACGUUCUCCAGAUGAUAUAUUACCAGCUAAUAGGAGUGACGACAGGAUUAGGUCUCAUGAUCUUUGCGGCGAUAAUUAUCAAUGUCAGUAUGAUUACGCAAUGAGUCUUAAUCGGGACCUUGCUCAUUUUACAACGAAUUACUACAAUACUUGGAAAAGUAUUAAAGAAGCCAAUUCUAGAAGAACUAUAACUUGUGGAAUUUUGGAAACUCCGCGUUUUGGUCGCAAAAGCAAUUUCUAUUUUGUACCUGGAACAAGAGUUACUUUCGAGUGUAACCAGGAUUUUGUAUUGAUUGGCGAUCAACGUAGGACGUGUGAACCUAAUGGAAAAUGGGACCUUCCCGAGUAUGGAUACACGGAAUGUUUGCGUCAACAGGAAUACAGCUCUCGUCAAGCAGGCGUAACUUUUGGUAUUAUUCUCGCAUGCAUGGUACCUAUCCUGCUAAUUGUGAUCUGCGUUGCAUUCCGUGUCCUAAAGGGUCGUAAAGAGGAGCGCGAACAAGAAGAGGCACUCUCCAGAACUCGUCAAACAGAAAUGCAGAAGAUGAGAAAACUCGAUGAAGACGAUUUUAGAACAUCUCCAACCUCUACGAGCAAAGCCACUGAAAUAAAUUAAAUUAUAUUUAAUUCAUAACGAAGACUUAAUGAUAUCAUUAUUCCUAUUUCCUGAAGAAUGUAUAAAAAAGUUACUAAUUAGAAGCUAAAGUAAGAUACCUGUCUGAAUUAACAAUUAAUUUCACAUUGUUUCAUCAGUCAUCACUCAUCACUUUCCUCACUGUCUGCUUUCGUUCAUGCAAUACCAUAAUAUGAAAAAUCGAGGUAAUUACAUAAGAAGUAGGUUUAGGAGAUAAUGAUUAAUUUAUAAUUUAUUUGAGGGUAAUCAUUGAAAAUACAUCAGACUCUGUUAAAUAUAUUUUGUUAAUUGUGAGUAUAAUAGGCUUAUUUUUCACUGUAGUUAUUGUACAGUUAGAUUACAUUUAUACACAGAUAAUAUAUCAAAUCCCGAUUUUGUA